UGUGGGUGAGUGACGUGCCGGUAGGACGCAUGCCCUGUGCGCACUGCGCGUCCCGGCCUGUCAGGAGCAGCCAGAUGGAAACGAAGGCGAGUAAAAUUGUUGAGGUCAUGUGUUUGUGAGGCUCGUGGCGGAUAAAAAGAAGCAGUCCGCUGCUCCAGAACGUUUGGCCAGUGAUCGGAGCGCCGGGGAGCCGGUGGAUUGAUUUGAUGACGGAGUGGACGUUUUUGGAUGCACCAAGAGCAAUAAUUGAAGAUUUUACCAUGAAUAAAAAUAAAAGAGAAAGAGACUUCUACACCGUAGAUGUUGGGGAUUCGACAUUCACAGUACUGAAGCGGUACCAAAAUCUUAGACCCAUCGGCUCAGGAGCACAAGGGAUCGUCUGCUCUGCUUAUGACCAAAUCCUUGAACGAAAUGUUGCCAUCAAGAAGCUGAGCCGGCCAUUUCAAAACCAGACGCAUGCAAAGAGAGCGUACAGAGAGCUAGUUCUUAUGAAAUGUGUCAAUCAUAAAAAUAUUAUCGGCUUAUUAAAUGUGUUCACACCCCAAAAAUCUUUUGAAGAAUUCCAGGAUUUAUACUUAGUGAUGGAGCUGAUGGAUGCUAACCUGUGCCAGGUCAUCCAGAUGGAGCUGGACCAUGAGAGGCUGUCCUAUCUGCUCUAUCAGAUGCUGUGCGGAAUCAAACACCUCCACGCGGCGGGCAUCAUUCACAGGGAUCUUAAGCCCAGUAACAUAGUUGUUAAAUCAGAUUGCACACUGAAGAUUUUGGACUUCGGUCUGGCUCGGACUGCUGCCACAGGCCUCCUGAUGACACCGUAUGUGGUCACACGCUACUACAGAGCACCCGAGGUUAUCUUGGGCAUGGGCUACCAGGCUAAUGUGGAUGUAUGGUCAGUGGGCUGCAUAGUGGCCGAGGUGAUCAGGGGAAGUGUGUUGUUCCCCGGCACUGAUCAUAUUGACCAGUGGAACAAAGUGAUUGAGCAACUAGGCACUCCAUCUCAGGACUUUCUAAUGAAGCUAAACCAGUCAGUACGAACGUACGUAGAAAACAGGCCGCGAUAUGCUGGCUACAGCUUCGAAAAACUCUUCCCGGAUGUGCUCUUCCCUGCUGAUUCGGAUCACAACAAACUGAAAGCUAGCCAAGCAAGAGAUCUGCUCUCUAAGAUGUUAGUGAUUGAUGCCUCUAAGCGCAUCUCUGUAGACGAGGCUCUGCAACACCCCUAUAUUAAUGUUUGGUACGACCCGGCUGAAGUGGAAGCACCUCCUCCAAAGAUCUCAGACAAACAGCUGGACGAGAGAGAGCACACUGUGGAAGAGUGGAAAGAGCUAAUUUAUAAGGAGGUGUGUGAAUGGGAAGAGUGGACAAAAAAUGGAGUGAUAAGAGGACAGCCACCACCUUUAGGUGCAGCAGUGAUCGACAGCCCCCCUCAGCCCGCAUCCAACUCCUCUUCCUCGUCUUCAGCCAAUGAUGUGUCGUCCAUGUCCACAGAGCCCACUGACACGAGCAGCGAACCCACCAUGACCUCCGAAACAGACAGCAGCCUGGACAGCCACACCUCUCUGGGUGCACUGGCCUGCUGCAGAUAACGCGCAUACACACAAACACAUGACCCUUCCCACGUUUGAGCACCUACCACAGCGCGACGACACGGAGGGUCGCGCCAACCGAACUUCUCACAUUAGUUAGUAGAGCUGUGCAUUUAAUGUACAGUUUGUAUUUAUUCCCCCUCCAAUAUUGCUCUAAAUGAUUGUGUUUUGAAAUUGUAUCAUUAUGACUGUAUUUUUGCUGCAAAGAAAGAAUUAUGGUUUGAUGUGAAUCUGUGAUGUAUGUAUGUGACAGAGUGUGCAGUUUUUACUGGUACACAUUGGAAUAGUAUACUGUUUAGCAUUGCAAAAUUAUGUUUAGUAUAUUUUUGGACUGUUCAUUUUGAAUUUUUGUAUUGUUUUAUUUUUUUGGGCCAUUUGAAGUAAUCUGCACUCUAUUUUACUCAAUAGGUAGUAAUAUUUAAAGGGGACUUUUGAUAUUUUUCAACCUGGACUGUAUUAUUAGAUGUUUUGGGCCUAAUUAUUUCACUCAAGGCACACAUGAAAUUAAUUUGUGCAAUAUGGAUUUAUAAUGCAAGCACCAUGGGAUAACUGAUGAUAUAAUGUAAUGGCAUGGGGCAAGUGAAAAAUACUCAGAGUAAACUGCUUCUUGUCACCACUGAAGAGGCAAAAAUGUCAACAGAAGUGUGUAGUAGCAUGGAAGUAAAUGUGUGCAUGCCUACCUCACUAAAUGUAAAACUUUUUAAGCCACUAGUCCACUCUGUGCUGCAUAAUUCCAGUCAGGCAUUAGAAGUUGACAGCCGAUGACAGACUCAUUCUGAGAGUCAGACUUUUCAUCUGCAUUCAACCGGGAAUCACUCAUCACAGCGCCACCUCAUGGACUGGAGGCUAACGUAAACAGCUAACUAAAUCAGUCAUUUUAAAUACAAGUAAGUUUCUUUGCAUUUAGUGAGGUAAACAUGCACACAUUACCUUCCACGUAGAUCCUCUCCAUGCUGCCACACACCUCUAACAUUUUACCUGUUCGGUGGAGACAAGAAUCAGUUUACGUUUUGUUUUUUGUUUUUUUUUAGUUGCCCCGAGCCAUUACAUGAUGUAGCCAGCUACCUCAUGAUGGUGUUUAUGUUCUAAAUCAGCAUUCAUAAAUUAAUUUAAUAUUUGCUGUGUGUGGAAAAAAAUGAACCCCAAACAUGCAAAAAUAUAGAAUAGGUAAAAAAAAAGUUGAACUUCUCCGUUAAUGUUGAAACUGAAUGGAUUUUUUCUAUUUAAACAUUUAUUUCUUCUUAGUAUUAUGUCAUAGUCGAUUGUGUGCCUCGUGUGCACCUCUACUUCUUUUGCCAUAAUACUAAACAGCUUUUUUUAUUGUUGCUGUAACAUACUGUAAAGAUGAAUGCAUUUUAACUGUGUAAUGUGUAAUUAUUUCUCUGUUGGGUGAGGAAGAACAGGGUGAAUGCAAGUGAACAGAAAAAAGAAAGCGCAGUUACCAGCUGAUGACGGGCGUUCCACUGGCCAGAACGAAUUCUGCGUUUUAGGGACUCCCACCGGAGACAAAGUCUAAAUUUGUCACUUUACUGUUUUGGCAGGUUCUUUCAGACUUUUUUAUUCAAAGCUGUCUGAGUUCAGAUGAUUUUGUUUAAGUGCCCUUACUCA